AUGGAGGAGGGGCCAACAGAACCCCAGGGAAUGGCAAAACUAAAGGAGGCAUGCAUCGUGAAAGCAUCUUACCUUUCUAAUGUCCUCAUACAGGCCUUUCAAGUAUCUCCUCCCAAGUGUGAAAGGAUCAGUGUAUUUCUCACCACUCCAUGUUUUACUACAACAGCACGUGGCCGAUGUGGUGUGAUGGAGCCUGGGACAAGUGCAAAUGCACAAAAGCACACGUGCCGCUCGAGCCCAUUCAUUCCUCCGCGCCGCUGUCAUUGCGCGGUGACCUCUGCGCCCGUCAAGACCCGCGCUUCCCGGCCUUACCUGCGCGCGGGCAGCGGCGGUGGGGCGCGGCCCGCAUGGUCCCUCACGACCAGGGGAGCCGGGCCCGGGGCUCCGCGUCGCGGGCCUCCAGGGGCAGCCGCGCCGCCACCGCCACCAGCACGAGGUCAUGGUACGAGUCUAAAAGCCGCGGCGGGCGGCAGCCCCGCCCAGGGACCGAUGGCCCUCCUCCGGGACCCGGAGCCGGAAACCUGGCACAGGAAGAGCUUCGGUCCCGCCCGGGGCGCCUCUUUUCGUUCUUUCCCCGGGCUGGGCCGCCAGCGCUCUCGAGCGGCGGCCGCGCAGGACCUCGGGCACUUGUCUGCGUGGGAGUCGGCGGGGACCUCCGGGCUGUCGGCGGAAGUGGCAGACGAAGGGGAAGUUUUAGAAGACAUUUUGGACCUUGAUUUGUCUGUCUCAGAAACAGAGGAUUUUAUCCAGCUUGUAAGUGGUGAAAAGAUAGUGUUUGGAUCCAUUCCACUGGCUCACAGAUAUGGCGGCCACCAGUUUGGGAUAUGGGCGGAUCAGCUUGGGGAUGGAAGAGCCCAUCUUAUUGGAAUUUACAUGAAUAGGCAAGGUGAAAAGUGGGAGCUGCAAUUAAAAGGCUCAGGGAAGACCCCAUAUUCCCGAAAUGGUGAUGGCAGAGCUGUGCUUCGUUCCUCAGUGAGAGAAUUUUUGUGCAGUGAGGCUAUGCACUAUCUGGGAAUUCCAACCAGCAGAGCUGCCAGUCUGGUUGUGAGUGAUGAUGAAGUAUGGAGAGACCAGUUCUACAAUGGGAGUAUUGUGAAAGAACGAGCAAACAUCUGGGAAGUGAACAAAAGUUGUUUAUGGACAGUUGACAGAAUGUUAACAAAGCCAGUAUGCAGAAGUUCAUACACCUUCCUCCCAGCAGAGCCCAGGGACCUUUCUUCAGAGCCUGGCUGCUCUUACUUCAUGUUUACUUCCAUUGCGGUGGUACUGCGCAUUGCAAAAUCAUGGUUUAGAAUUGGAUCGUUAGAAAUUUUGGCUCAUUAUGGUGAACUGGAUUUACUAAGGACAUUAUUAGACUUCAUCAUACGGGAACACUUCCCCUCAGUAGAUGUCAAAGAACCUAACAGAUAUGUGGGAUUUUUUUCCGUUGUGGUAUCCAAGACGGCACAACUUAUUGCUUUGUGGAUGUCUGUUGGUUUUGCUCAUGGUGUUUGUAAUACCGAUAACUUCAGUUUGUUAUCCAUUACAAUCGACUAUGGUCCAUUUGGUUUUAUGGAGGCCUAUAACCCAGGUUUUGUACCUAACACAUCUGAUGAUGAAAGAAGAUAUAAAAUAGGAAAUCAGGCCAAUAUUGGGAUGUUUAAUUUAAAUAAAUUGUUACAAGCUAUAAACCCAUUACUGGAUCCUGGGCAAAAGCAGCUCACUGCUCAGAUUCUUGAGAGGUAUCCUGUUCUUUAUUACAAAAGAUUUAGAGAAUUGUUCAAAGCCAAAUUGGGAUUACUUGGAGAAACAAAGGGUGAUGAUGAUUUAAUUGCAUUUCUCUUACAGCUCAUGGAAGAGACAGAAGCUGAUUUUACAAUGACAUUUCGGCAGCUCAGUGAGAUUACUCAAAGCCAGUUACAGGAGCUCAGCAUUCCUCAGCAAUUCUGGGCACUGAAGAUGAUUUCAAAGCAUGAACUCUUCCCUGUCUGGGUGUCCCAGUACCUCUUGAGACUGAAGAGUAACAUGAAUGAUUCAGAUUCCAAAAGAAGAGAAAGAAUGACAACUGUUAACCCUAGAUACGUGCUGAAGAACUGGAUGGCAGAAUCUGCAGUGCAGAAAGCAGAGAGGAAUGACUUUUCAGAGGUCCGUCUCCUUCAGCAAGUUCUCCGGCACCCUUUCCAGAAGCACCCUGCCGCUGAGAGAGCAGGCUACUCCUCACCCACACCCUCCUGGGCCAGAGAUCUCAGAGUUAGCUGCUCAUCUUAAUUUGGAAAAAAUAAAUUAAAGAAUACUUCCAUCAUUGAAUUCAACAUAGAAUAAUCAAUUUGAUAAAUUCUUAAUGACCUUCUACAUUUUGGUGACAAUCCUGAAUUUCAAAGUAACGAUUAUAUAAAAAAUAUUUCUCAACUAAAUAAACUGAACCUGUUCUUUGAAACAU